UUUUUUGCUAAAAACUAACGUCUGAGAGUUUUUGUCAUAAAUUCUACGCUAUCAUGAGUUUGUCUCUUUCUAGAAAUGUACGUGGAUGCCACGAGCUGCGUUCCUUCCUGCCCUGCGGAGCUGCGGGCUGGCAGCCAGGGCCGUGGCCGCGGCCCUCAGCCCCUGGGGACUACAGCUCCCGGCGUGCACCGCGGGGCCGGGCGGGGAGCGGGGCCGGGAGCGGGGCCGGGCCGGGAGCGGAGCGGGGCCGGGCGGGGCCGGGAGCACCGGGAGCGGCGAUGCCGGUGUGGCUGCGGGAGCACAGCUGGCGCCAGAGCCCCACCGCCGUGUACCUCUCGCUGCCCUUGCGCGGCGCCCGGGCCACCCCCGCCAACAUCUUCUGCAGCGAGCAGUACCUGAAGGUAAGCAUCCCUCCCUUUUUAUUUGAAGCCGUUUUGUAUGCUCCUAUUGAUGACACAAACAGCACAGCAAAGAUUGGAAAUGGAAACAUUUUCUUCACUUUGUAUAAAAAAGAACCAGCCUUGUGGGAUUCCCUAACUCUAGCCAAUGCUGACAAGGAGAAACUACAGUAUCUGAGAGAGAAUGCUGUUCUAAAAGCCCAAGAAAAGGCAAAAGAGGAGACGGAAGCAAAAAAAAUUACAAAACAGAAACACAAAAAAUAUGCUUUGGAGGCCACAAUGAAGCUAGAGGAAGCAGAAAGACAAAGAAUUGAAGCUCUAAAAGAAAAGGAGCGUCAGAAAGUUGCUAAAGAGUUGGAGUUAUGGAAAAACCAAGAAAAAGAUGGUGAUAAAUACAAGAGCAUACAAAAGAAGGAGGAAUUACAUCAAGAAAUAGAGCCAUUAAAAGAAAGAAAAAAUGAAAAAAUGAACAAAACUCGGAUUCCUAAUGAAGGAAGUUCUAAGACAAGACUCAAAUCCACAAGAGGUCAUGGCUCCUGUAGUAUAUUUUCACAGAAGUUAAAGGAAGAACAGUUACCAGCUCCCCGAGCUCCUGCUACAAUUAAAGUCAACUUUACACCACGAGUUUUUCCCACAGCUCUGCGAGAAUCUCGUGUUGCAGAAGAGGAGGAGUGGCUACACAAACAAGCAGAAGCUCGAAGAAUAAUAAAUUCUGAUUUAUCUGAGCUGGAAGAUUUAAAAGAAGAGGAGAAGAAUCCAGAUUGGUUAAAGGACAAAGGAAACAAAAUGUUUGCAAUGGGAGACUACCUUGGGGCUGUGAAUGCCUAUAACCUUGCAGUGCGGCUGAACAAUAAACUUCCCGUGCUGUACCUGAACCGUGCUGCUUGCCACCUCAAACUGAGAAAUUUGCACAAAGCUAUCGAAGAUUCCUCCAAGGCACUGGAACUGUUGACACCACCUGUUCCUGAUAAUGAGAAUGCUCGAGUGAAAGCCCACGUCAGACGUGGAACAGCAUUUUGUCAGCUGGAAUUAUACACUGAAGGCCUUCAGGAUUAUGAAGCAGCUCUCAAGAUUGAUCCCGGAAAUAAAAUUUUAGAAAAAGACGCUGAGAAGAUUCGACAUCUAAUUCAAGGAACAAUGCAAAGUUCUUAAUUAAAAAAAGCAUAAAAAAUUUUGAAGCCUUUGAGGACAUCAGAAGGAAUCCUAUUUCUCUUCAGUGUGUGUUAUCUUGACGAUUUUCUGCUUCACUUGGAACACUUACAAAAUUGGUAAAAAAUUGGAUAUAUUACUGGAAAGUAUAGUAUUAUAAACCUGAUUAGAUAUAUUUUAUAUAAAUUUGAUACAAAGUUGUUGUAUUUUUGGUUUUUUGUUAGCAUUCUGUAUUACUCUGACAAUCUGAAAUCCCGGACAUGAAGUGGUUCCUUUUUUUAUGUGUUCUUUCCAAAAUGGGACCAUUUCAACUACACUUCUUCCGGUAGCAGUUUUAGCAGAUUUCUGAAUUUACUGCAUCAGUCUCUUUCCUGAAUACCAUUUAUGACUAAUUUCUUUCUUUAUAAUAAAGUAUCAUGCAGAUACA